UGUAAAUAUCGAUUUGCCAAAUAAAGAAGGCAGUGUGCACUAACCUCUCAAAUCUUUUCAAAACCAAAUGAAUUUUUCUCUCUUCCCGCCCGCUGAGAACCUAAAAUCCCCUAGGGCAUCAAUUUCAUCAAAACGACACCAAAUAAGAGAAGACACGAAAUGUCCACAUCAUCAGCUCGACUGGUGAAAGAACGAACCGCCGCCGCCGCCGGAAAAAUCUCCCCUUUUGCUGGGAAGGCCAUGUCGACAGGGAAGGAGAACCCCAGGCCCACAUCUAGGAUUCGAGCCGCGACGCAGAAGCCCAUGGCCCGGAUCGACAAGUCCGCUGUUGAGGAGUCUCACGCAGAUCCACGUGUCCGGAAGUCCUCCUCGUCGGUGCCCAGAGGUAGGAGCUCCAGCCCAUAUCAGUUAACUAGGGGUUUAUCAGAUUCGAGGAAUAUCUCUAGGGCUUCUUUGGGUCCACCACAGAAGAAGGUAAAUACUUCUUUUUGGACUGAACAAUCGGUCCGAAAAUAUAAUCUUCGGAACAGGGUUUCAAGUGAUUUGGGGAGUCACGGUAAAUCCGAGAUUCUUGUUGAAAAAAAUGCUGGUAACAGGAAGAAAGAGGGGAAUUUGAGCUCCAUUGCUGUACUAAAUCCCGGUACAGUAGAAGCUAUAAACACUUCAAAUUUAAGAUCCUCGAGCGUCAGAGUUGAGGCUGACUCGAGAUCAGGAGAUUGUAAAAUGGCGACUUCCAAGUACCCCAGCAAGUUACAUGAAAAGCUUGCAUUUUUAGAAGGAAAAGUGAAGAGGAUAGCCUCUGAAAUACAGAAGACUAAAGAGAUGCUAGAUAGUACUAAUUCAGAUACUUCCAAAAUGAUAAUGUCUAGCAUUCAUGAAAAGAUUUCUGGAAUCGAGAAGGCAAUGGGUGUUGUGGAGCGCAAUGGGGAUGACAGCAUGGUCUCCGCUGAGAAUGGUGAAGCUGAGAAGGAUUCAACGAAUGCCAAAAGUUUUAUUAAUGGUAUGAAUGUUGAUGAAUUGGAAGGGCGGUUGUUUCCUCAUGAUAAGCUGAUCAGAGAUAGGAAAAUCUCAAAGAUAGAACCUGACGUGCAUAAUAGUAAAGUCAUAAUUUCCUUUGAUGCUUGUUUGAGUAAGAAGGGAACAAAGGUUAGUGAAGUUCAUGAAGGGGAUGACACGGUGAUAUUUGCUGCAGAAAGUUCGUUUAUGAAUGUAUUGAAUGGCAAUGAGAAUAUCGACUCUUUACUUAUGGCUGAUGAAAAUCUCGAGGACUUUGAUGAUAGUCAACAUAAAAAGGCAACUAUGAUGUUUGAUAAUGAGAUUGAGGAGAAUUGUGUGCAUGAGUUGAGUGAUAUUGGAAGCAAGAUUUCGACUGGAGGAUGGUUUGUGUCAGAGGGAGAGUCUGUAUUACUUGCUCAUGAUGACGGCUCUUGUUCGUUCUAUGAUGUUGCCAACAGUGAGGAGAAAGCGUUGUACAAACCUCCCGCUGGAAUCUUGCCAUAUACGUGGCGUGAUUGUUGGUUGAUCCGGGCACCAAGUGCUGAUGGAUGUUCCGGAAAAUACGUUGUAGCUGCCUCGGCUGGAAAUUCUCUGAUUUCGGGCUUUUGCUCGUGGGAUUUCUACACUAAAGACAUUCGAGCUUUCCAUCUUGGGGAUGAAACUAUCCCUGUAACUGCAAGAGCAGUAACUGCAAGAACAGCUUUAGCCCCCUUACCGAACAACACUAUGUAUAAUAGAAGAGAUCACCAUUUCACGGCUAGUGAAAGCCGUCAGUGGUGGUACACGCCAUGUGGGCCCCUUAUAAUGUCGGCUGCCAGUUGCGAGAAAGUUGUGCAGAUUUUUGAUAUCCGUGAUGGAGAUAGAGUGAUGAGGUGGGAGUUGCCGAAGCCAGUGCUGGGGAUGGAUUAUUCGGGCCCUUUGCACUGGAGGAAUAAAGGGAAGGUGGUGAUAGCUGUGCCGGAUGGCCUUUGCUUGUGGGAUGUGGGCUCUCUUGAUUCGCGGGCUUUGAUGUCGGUCUCGUCUGGCGCUGGCCGGAUUUUAGCUCUUCAUGUGAAUAAUGGUGAUGCCGAAAUUGGGGGAGGAGUUAGGCAGAGAAUAAGUUCAUCUGAAGCUGAAGGUAAUGAUGGCGUGUUCUGCACGUCAGACUCCAUCUGCGUGCUCGAUUUCAGGAAACCGUCAGGCAUUGCUCUCAAGAUAUCCAAAACUGGGCUAGAUGCACAAUCUGCCUUUUCCCGUGGGGACUCCAUAUAUAUCGGUUGCCAGAAUAAUUCAAAUCCCUCCCUUAAAAAACAACAGCCUUGUUCCCAAAUCCUACAAUUCUCCUUGCGCAAGCCGAGGCUCAUGAGCACAUACACUUUACCAGAAUCGAGUGUUCAUAAUCACUUCACGGCCCCAACACAAGUGUGGGGGAAUGCAAGCCUUGUGAUGGGAGUUUGUGGGCUUGGAUUGUUUGUGUUCGACUCCUUGAGGGAUGAUGUGUCGUCAGAAGAUUCGGGAUGCAUGCGGGAACCGAAGGAGAUUAUUGGGCCGAAUGAUAUGUACGCGCCUUCAUUUGAUUAUUCGGGCUCGAGGGUUCUUGUCAUAUCCAGGGAUAGGCCUGCUUGCUGGAGGUACUUGUUUUAGUGGUUGAUUUGGUGUGGAUAAAUGGAUUGCUUCAAAGGUUUGAAUAUGGAGAAUGAGUGAAGUUUAGUGAGUAGAGGUAAUGUGGUAAAUAAAAAAACCCAGUUAUCUUUUGGAACUAUGAGUGUCCCCUUAAUGGUUGUUUUUAUUUUAUAAAUAAAAUUGUGUGAUCUUGGUAAUAUGCUUUCAGGGGUAUCUGUGUUUUUCAAAGAU